AUGUAUCCAAAAGCAGAGCCGCCCCUGACGUUGGGUCAAUGUCACGCUAUUCUCGUUGCUCGUUCCGUCCUCCCAACAUGUGGAUUUCAGAGUUGUUAACUUUCGUGGCAGCAGGGAUCGUGCUGAAUUUAACCAGAGAUCGUGUUGUUACCUUUUUAAUCAUUUUAACCUGUUAACGAGUUAACUUGUUAUAUAGUUUGCCAUUCUCUUGUAUUUGAUAACUAGUAACUACACUGUGGAUAUUUGUGCAAAUUCAUAUUCUUAUGAAGGUAAUUGAGAAAAAUGGGAUUUGAAAAACAAUUAACUUAUCUAUUAAAUAUACUAUCAGUUACUUGUUAAAUAUUAUUACUAGAUCGCGGAUAUUUAUGCAUUUUUAAAUUUUUAGAAACAUAAUUAAAGUAAUAGGAAUAAAUACUUUCUUUUAUAUGUUUUUGUAUAUUGUGUUCAUUUUUGCAUCUUCUCUUUCGUAAAUGCAUAGAAAUUCACAGUGUAAUUAUUGUGGCAUUUCUGCAUUUUCAAAUUUUAAAUAUUGGAUCAUUCUACUCAAGCUCUUCUCUUCUUCAGGUAAUUGUGUUUGAAACAAUGAAAAUUGUUACCAUGAAAGUUUUAUAAAAUUGGAAUAGAAAACAUAAUAUAAAAGACUAAAGAAAUAUAAACAAUUUCCUAUUUUCGCCUAAUAUACAGUAACCCUCUGAAAGAUUAAUUUUUAAUUUCGUAAUUCGUAGUAAUUCCCACUUGAGAGGUCAUCCUGCUAACAGGUGAAUUAAUGCACGAUUAAUAAACAAUUCGCACGUUCUUAUACCAUAAUAAUAUGACAGAUACAAAACAACAAAGGCGUGUUUAUGCAAUAUCGGCGUUAUUAUACGACUAUUACGAUUACCACGCCUCCGUAAUAUAACUUGCGAGCUGCUGAUAAUGCGAGACGCAUGAGUUAUGUAACGAAAGUCAAUUUCAGGCUAGAAGUCGAUUCUCGUUCUUUUAUGGUAUAUCACCACCUGUUUGUUCUCCAUAAAAGGGAAUAUCCAAGACCAGACAUAUAUUCACGAUGCGUCGCGCUGAUUCACGCGUCUUUUGUCGCGAUAAUUGUCGUGAUUUUUCUCUGAGCAGAGGUCAUCUCGGCGACCUUGCGUUGAACGUGUUGCAUCGAUGACUUGUUUCUUCUCUUUGCAGAUAAGAUGCUGCGAUCUGCCUCGCCACAGUAUCCCAGCAGAGGAUCCGACAUUCGAGUGAUUCGUCUGACGACGGAUCAAGAAGCUGUUCUCCAGGAACAGUUCAACAGAUGGCCGAGGGCACCUCACACGGCGGAUGUCGUCCUUUUAGCAGCCGAAACUGGACUUUCCGAAUCCGACGUCGAGGUCUUUAUCAUUCAUUUACCUUCCGAAAGAGAAAUACAAUAGAGCUUCCCAUAUAUCCUAAUGCUGAAACAUGAUUUGAACGUUCUGACAUAGGUACGAAUAUUACAAGAGUGUUAAUAAAGUUUAACUAUUUGUAAAUUGACAAAUAGUUUGUACACUUAUUUCUCAUAAUUUUAUAAUUUUUCAAGGUAGAUCAAGACGAUAAUAAUUUACCAGUAUUUUAACAAUGCGUAGGAAAAAGAAUGUGACUCUAGAAAAAUGGAGCCAAACAUUUGCAUCCUCCAAACAUUAAAGCAAAUUAAGAAUUUUUCUCGUCUCUAAUUGAAUAAGUAAAAUUUGAUUUAGAAGAAGCAAUUGUUCCAUUAUCUGAAGUUCUACUGUAUUUUGAUAAUACUGUCAGAUAAGAGAAAUCACAAUUUGACGUAUAUAUUUGCAUCUUCUAGGCUUGGUACGCUAUACGAUUAGCCCAGUGGAGGAAAGAACAGGGUCUGGGUGGAAAUCUUGGUCUACAUUAA